AUGGAGACUGUUGACAUGGACAGCGUCGCUGCAUUGGACACUAGUCCAUCCAUUACGGAUAGCGAGGGUGGUGUCAAGUUUACGCCAUUCGAAGAACAGCGGACUGGCUUUGAACCUGGAUCUCGAGAGAAUGACAAGUCUGCUUCACGAUACAGGGACUCCUGGGAUUCGAGAAAGGGCGAGAAAGGUAUGCUAGAUGCAGUUGUUGCAGAGGACCGGAACCGUCAAGAAAGUCUGUUGGCCAAAAUCGCCGAAGCCUCGCGUGUACCAAAUCCUAGGGAUGGCCUAAUGACAGAGCAGAUGUGCUCUUCACUCUACGCAGAGCAUAGUGCGCGGAUAAUCGAGACCAAGCAAGAAGAUAUUCUCUCCGGUUUCUACAAUCACCUAUCGGGCCAGCAAGUGGAAGUUGGCAGAAAACUUGAGUUAGCGAUCUCCAGAAUACGGCAAGAGUCAUCUGAUGUAUCGUUGUCGGAUCGGAAGGAGAUAGUCGAAGCAAUCGAGUCGCGAACACAAAGAGAUUUGCAGACAUCGUACGACGCGACGAUCAAACGUCUUGAUAGAGUCGAAAAACAGUUGAGAGAUCGUUUCGCCCGUGCCGGUCUCGGAAUAGUUGAUGAACUCAAGAGUGUCCAAAAAAUGGGUAUGGAAGUCACAAACAAGCUUUCGAGGAAAUGGAGGGAGAAUUCAGCCCAGAUGGCUCAGAGUCAGAUGCAGAAUGUUGACAAACUCAGAUCCGAUAUCCUCGGGAAAUUUUCAAACAUGCAAAAGCAUGCGAUGAGGCUGGAGCAGGAAGUGCGAGAUCUUCGAAGAGCUUUCGAUUCACAGCAGGAUGGUAGUCCCGAAACACAAUCCAAAGAUAUCUUGCCCAACAUGCGGGAUGAAGCUGAGAGUCAGAUGCAGGCGAAUAUCAAAGAAGGAAUCUCACAAAUACAGCAAACCCUGACUAAACACACGCAGAUGCAGCAAACGCUGAUCGAACACAUGCAGAUGCAACUUGGAAUGAAUGAGAAGACUCAGGCGUUCCAAGAUCAACAAGUGAUCAAUCUAACAGGAGUCAAGUCCCAGCUCGAUGCCAUGGUCUCGAAGCCACCAAUUUCAGAGGAAGCAGUGACGAGUCUGAAGCAAGCAGCGCAGUAUCUCCACGAAAUUGGCGAGAAACUUGGAAAACUACAGGAUGGUUCAGAGAUCACGGAGAUUCCGCUGGAUCUACAGGAUAAGCGAGCCGACUUCGUAGAGAGCGAUGGACCAUAUGGCACCCUAGAGAGAUCUCGGCGUGCUGUCGAUGUACCGGAAGCCUUGGAUGGAACUGGAUAUGUCACUUCCACUCCAGCUCACGAAACCCAAUUCCGAACCUUUGGGGAAAGUCGCAGGGACGACCUGACCUUAGACAAGUCCAAUCGUUCCGGCUACUCCAUACCAUCAGCGUCCUGGCCGGAGCGUGGAUCCAGUUCGUCCCAGACUCAGGGUGGACAUGGCGUCGACGAGCUUAGACAAAGUGAAAAUGAACGAAAAUUGGACUCUAUUGCAGAACCAGAAAGACAGAUUGAGUCUUCGGAGAACCAUCAUGUCCAGUCAGAUACUGCGUCUCCCGCGGCGCACUGUGGUCAGACGGCAACUGGUUUCCCUACUCAGAGGCCUGCCUCGCAUCCACAAGCCUCAACACAUCGACAGAACAUCGCUCAGCCUCCCUCGAAAGGGUACCAGGGCUUCCAAAUGAGCGCUACUGAUGUCCUAACGAAAGAGAGGAAUCCGGAGCAGCCUUCAUCACUACCACCAGAGAGAAGAUGUGAGCGCACUGGGAAUGAUCAUAAUCCGGAUCCUUUUUAUGGUGAGGAUGAGAGGAUCACGAGUGUGGCCGACAUCCAGAUGGCAGAUUCUCCUACUUCUGAUGAUCAGCCCUCCGGUCCUCAGGAAGAUCAUGCAUCCGGACCCAACUAUGAUACAGACAAUGCUGCGAACCUCAAUGAGAGUGAUGUAGAGUCCGUCAAAAGCGUUUGGCGAUCUAGAGUACAAGAGUAUAAGGCGGCAAAACAGAUGAAUCUGUACAUCAUCGAUAAUGCACGGAAGGAAGUACGUUCUGAAUUACGCCACUUAGAGACCAGAUUCAAUGGAAGAUACGAGGAUAGUUCCACGUUCAUUCUCAGCGAUGGGGCUCCACAAUAUCCUAGCAGAGAAGAAAUCUCCGCCUCCGCGUUUCUGCCCAGUCUUACUGCACAAGACUCCGCUUCUUUGGAGGUUGAGAAGCGGCCAGGUACCAUGGAGCAGCUACAUGAUCAGGAAAACCCCAGACAGCUCUCAAUGUCACCACGCACAACAAGUAGGGAAGGGCAUAAGGCAGAAAACCACACUGAUCGCGACAGUCGUAAUCUAGAACCAGUCUCGCGAGGACAGGUCACACCUGAAAAGCUCAACGAAGAGACCGGGACCAGACGCAUGCACCCUUCUCACAUGAGCAAUAUCAUAAGCCGGACUUCCAUGUAUGGUAGAUCUGCUCAACCAAUUGAAUCUGUUGGCCAAGACAGUAUGAUCUUGCCGACCGGUGGCGACAUCGAAGAGGUAGAUAUCGCGGUACCGCUCCAUCUGAUUGAGAGAAGCCAGUCUCCUGCAUCGCAAGUGGGACACAAUUUGCAAGUACACAACUUGACUCAACCGCAGAAUUCCCUGGUCAACAGUCAGCACGAUGGCAGAACAUCUUCUGGUAUGGAUGGAGAUCGUUUGAGCCGUGAUACCGAGGACAAUGGGCUGAAACAGGGUGUGCGAUCUCUCGUUGACAGUGACGAUGUAGAGUUGAUAAAAGAAAAUCGUCUGCCCGAUGCAAGGAGCGUGGAAGACGAACACAUAUUCGUCGCUCCUGCAAGGAAUGAUGAAUCGAGUGGUACGACCUUUAGCUUGGUUCCCAGCAGCUCUCAGCGCAUAGUAAGUCCCGACUCCAUCUUGCCAGAUGUAUCGAUACAAUCUUCUACGGUCUUUGCAGAUGGUAAGAUCUGCGUAGCACAUGACCACCAACAACAAGCACUCGACGCGGAGCCCUCCUCAACGCGUCAGAACCACUUUCCAACUGACCCUAUUGAAUCUGGAGAACAGGAUGAGCAGGGAACUGUGCCUGAUCCAGAGAGUAACGUUGAGUUUGCAAGCAUCGAUCCUUUCUGUCAGACUAGAUCAGAGAUGGAACUCUGA